GAAUGCGCCCCGGCCUUUACGACGUGCGCCGCUCACGUUUGAGGAGAACCCCCAGACUUCAGCUACUCUACUGUAGUCCACACAAAGGACGCGCUCGUGCCUUUAUGACGCGUCGAUCCGGAUUCCAGAAUGGCACUGUAGAACGCGUCUCGAUUCGAAUUCAGCUGGGACGCGGCGGUUCGAGAAUCCGCUCUGCGUUGUGAGAGAAAUGGAUACGGGGAUGUGCGUUUCCUGCAGACGGAUAUAAGUUUGCAUGGUUUAUUACUCGAUUUAUUACUCGAUUAUUAAACGGACUGAUUAAACGGACGGACGGGCCGGGGGCAACAAUCGUUUGCUUUCAUUGAGAAGAGGAACAUCGAUAUUAUUCGUGCAAACGUCUUCGUGACUGUCCAUUUAAUUCUCUAGCUGUCUGGUUACUAGCCGUGCUCCCGAAGCCUCUGUUUGCACAAUGCAGUUUAGGACAGUUUUGGAUGUAAAAGUGGUGGACGUGGAGAAGAGGAGGAAUCCAUCCAAACAUUACGUGUAUCUCAUCAAUGUCACAUACUCUGACUCCACAUCCCACAUCAUCUACAGAAGAUACAGUAAAUUCUUUGACCUUCAGAUGCAGAUUCUCGACAAGUUCCCAAUUGAGGGAGGGCAGAAAGAUCCCAAAAAAAGGAUCAUCCCUUUUCUUCCAGGUAAAAUCAUAUUCCGACGAAGUCAUGUGAGAGACGUGGCCAUGAAGAGACUACGCUUUAUUGACGACUAUUGCAGAAAAACCAUUAAACUGUGA